AUGUCGAGAAGCAACUUAGAUGGCCAYAUUGUCGCAGGCUCAAUCUUAGUAAGCACAGCGCUGUGGUGGCUGGCGAACGUUUUCUGGAUUUAUAGCCGACACCUUGYASAUUCUUCCAAAAUCAGUGUCAAGACCCGUACGUGGUUUCCAAUUCGUGUAAAAUGGCUACGUGACCAUCCAGUCGAGCCAUUUAUACGAGUAUUCCUAACAGUUACCGCCUUGUUGAUAGAUUUGUCCCUGCCUAAUCAUUGGACGUUAAUAGACAAAGAUGGCAAGAUCGUGGAGGGACAUCUUCUGUAYUACUCUCACGGCGUGAUGUAUGGUUCAUUCAUGAUGUGGUCUCUGGUCGAGGUCUUGCAGUUUUACCGUCUGACCCGACUGCCUCAAUGCAUUGAACAUGUGUUUGCUUCCAUUGCCUUCYUAAACGUAGGGUUUCUUUUCUUCUUUCACUUGCAAGGRAGRACUGAAAUMGACAAGGUGUUCCAUCACGUUGUUAUGGUCAUAGCGUUUACGUCAGCUGUUGUUUUCCUACUUGAAGCAUGGAGAAAAAAUAGCUUCUUGUUGAUGGUGAUCCGUACUGCUCUCUUCGGCCUCCAAGGGACAUGGGUUUUCCAAAUCGCUUUCUCGCUGUAUGUUGCCAAACCAUGGAAGAAUACCCGUGGAAACCGAGAGUUCGUAGGCAUCGUCGCCACUUGGCAUGUCAUGGGUGCUAUGGCGCUGAUAAUCACUGGCUUCGUCGUUAUCACUGUCAAAACUCAAGGCAUCAGGUGUAGAGCUGUUGGAGAAGGUUUAGAGGACGGUGAUGAUAAUGAAGAAAAAGCAAGUUUGCUGAAUGCUCAUUAAAAGUUUGUUUUUAAGAUCUAUAUUAAUCUUGCAGUAACUAGGCUUAUAAGAACCUAAACUUUAAAAACUUGUC